CACUCUCUCACCGUUUAACACUGUCCUGUUAGUUCACUAUCUAUCUGUCUCUGAAGUGUUCAUAUAUAGAGCUGUUAUCUGAGAAUGCUUCACAUGUGUGUGUUGUUCUGUGUGUCCCGUCUGGCCGGUGUGUUUGGUGAUUCAGUGUCAGUGAUGGAGGGAGAUUCUGUUACUCUAAACACUGAUGUUACUGAAAUACCUGAAGACGACGAGAUACUGUGGAAAUAUGGAGCUGAAAACACUCUGAUAGCCAAAAUCAACAAAGAGAACCGAAUCUUCUCCACAUCUGAUGAUGUUCCUGAUGGGAGAUUCAGAGACAGACUGAAACUGGACGAUCAAACUGGAUCUCUGACCAUCACACACACCACAACUGAACAUACUGGAGUUUAUAGACUAGAGAUAAGGGGAGCGAAACUGACAUCAAAAACAUUCAAUGUGUUUGUCUAUGCUCGUCUGCCUGUUCCUGUCAUCAUCAGUGACUCUUCAAACUGUUCAUCUUCAUCAUCAUCAUGUUCAUUGGUGUGUUCAUCAGUGUUGAGUGUGUGUGAUGCGACUCUCUCCUGGUACGCAAGAAUGAGUGUAUUGUCCAGCAUCAGUGUGUGUGAUCUCAGCAUCAGUCUCUCUCUACCUCUGGAGGUGGAAUAUCAGGAUAAAAACACCUACAGCUGUGUGCUGAACAAUCCCAUCAGCAACCAGACCACACAUCUGGACAUCAACACACUCUGUCACACAUGUGCAGAAGGCCACGCCCCCUGUUGUGAUUCUGUUGAAGCUGUGCUGCGAUUGGUCGUCACUGCGCUGAUGGGCGUGGCUUCUGCGGCUGCUGUUGUUCUUCUGGUCAAUGACGUCAGAUCUACAAGAGGAUAACAGGAGAACAGAACAGAUGUCAUACAUAUUGUGGCAUAUAGGCAUAUUGCCG